AUGGAUCUCCUAUUUUCGGUACUCACAAAGUGUUUACCUUGUUUUCCGGACCUCUCCAGUCCCUCGCUAACAGUCAAUGGAACAAAGUACAGGAUUCUUCGUCUUCUAGGCGAAGGUGGCUUCUCCUACGUUUACCUAGUAUCCCAGAAGAACAACUCCAACAAUCUAUACGCCAUGAAAAAGAUAAGAUGUCCAUAUGGGGCUAAUGAUGCUACCUUCGCCAAUGCGUGGAGAGAAGUUCGAAGCUACCACCGGUUUGCCGAAAGCAAGACACCAUAUAUCAUCCAUACAAUUGACGAGAGUGUUGUGAAUGAAAGUGACGGCUCCAGAACGUUUUACAUCCUUCUUCCCUAUUUUGAGAGAUCUCUUCAGGAUGUCAUAAACUUCAAUGUUCUCAAUAGCGUAUCGAUGGAGGAGGAAGAGGUGUUGAAGAUAUUUAUCGGCGUGCUCAGAGGGGUUCAGGCAAUGCACAAGUACCAGAGAAGAGGUUCUGGCGCUGGUCCUGAAACAGACGAGGAUGAGAACGAUAUGAUGCUUCCUGAUGGCGAUGAUGACAGUUUACACGAAGCCACCGAACUACUGGAGCUUUGUCCUUAUGCUCAUAGAGACAUUAAGCCUGCCAACGUCAUGCUUUCUGCUGAGGGCUUGCCUGUUCUUGUGGACUUGGGAUCAUGUGCUAAAGCUCGGGUGAACGUUACUUCCCGCCAACAGGCAUUGACCUUGACAGAAUUCGCCCAGGAACACUGUACGCUUCCAUACAGAGCACCGGAGCUUUUGGAUGUUGCCAGCAACGCCAAUAUUACAGAACUGACAGAUAUCUGGUCUCUUGGAUGCCUUUUGUACAGUUGUUGUUUUGGCUUCUCGCCAUUCGAGAAACUCGAAAUUGAGCAAGGCGCCAAUUUGAAUUUGGCGAUUUCGCAAGCCAAAUACGAGAUCCCCAAUGAUCUCCGAGGAUUCUCCCCAGAACUCAUGGAUAUAAUUACAUCUUGCCUUGUGUUGGACCCUACGCAACGUCCAACCGUCGAUGAGCUUUUAGAAUCAUGCUUGACGUUGCUUCACAGAAUAUGA